AUGGGUCUGGCGGUCGGCAGCAGGAGGCAUGGAAUGUCUUAUCCUCUUUUUCAAUGGUGCUUCCUAAUUGCCCUUUUCUUGGGAGUUUUUGGGCAACUAUCCCUCGGUUCUGGGCAGUCUUCGGGUGACCCCUUUGUCAUACGAACCAUUGUGGUCGACAAGUCUGGCCAUGGCCAUUUCUCCACCAUUCAGGCCGCCGUUGAUGCUAUUCCUUGGAACAGUCAAAAGUGGAUAUGUAUCUUUGUCAAGGCUGGCCUAUACGAAGAGAAGGUGAUUAUCCCAAAGGAGAAACCGUACAUAUACCUCAAAGGGGAGGGGAAGAGAAAAACUAAUGUUGUAUGGGAUGAUCAUGACUCGGUUGUGCAGAGCCCCACUUUCAUGUCCAUGGCUGACAAUUUCUUUGCCAAAAGCAUAACUUUUACAAAUUCGUACAACCUCCCAACAGGGAAGAAUGGAAAUCCCAGAACCCCAGCGGUGGCAGCAAUGAUUGCUGGCGACAACUCAUCCUUCUACAGGUGCGGUUUCCAUGGGGUGCAGGACACCUUGUGGGACUUCCAAGGCAGACACUAUUUCAAGCGCUGCACCAUUUCAGGAGCAGUUGAUUUUAUAUUUGGCAGCGGCCAAUCUAUUUACGAUAGAUGUACAAUAGCGGCAACAGCAGCGACGUUGGGGCCGGGGCUGUCGGGAUACAUAACAGCGCAGGGAAGAAGUAGCCCGGAGGAGACGAAUGGGUUCGUGUUCAAAGGGUGCAAUGUGGUGGGGACGGGGACGACAUUAUUGGGAAGACCAUGGCGGGGCUAUGCCAGGGUCCUCUUCUACAACACUAACAUGUCUCACAUCGUAGUCCCCCGAGGAUGGGAUGCUUGGUAUAGCGCCAGCCGGGAACACCAAUUGACAUUUGCAGAGGAGAGUUGCUAUGGAGUAGGGUCAGACAUGUCACAGCGGGUUGAGUGGGUGAAGAAGCUGAGCCAGGAGAAGGUGAAGGAGUUAACGAGCAUGAACUUCAUUGGUGGGGAUGCUUGGAUCAGAAGUCAACCUCGCACUCGAAUUCUCUCUUACUAG